AAAAAACAAAUAAAAACCAAGCCAAAUGCCAAAAACACGAAAUCAAAUAAUCAAUGGGUUUUUCAACUCCGAUGAAUGGCCGUUAAGUUACGACUUGGUGAUGAUGCAUGCAAUUCAUGAGAAUUGCAUUGAACUAGAAAACCUAGAUACAGUUGAGGUUUUCAACGGCGUGCUCCUCCGCGCUACAGAGGAGAUUUGUGACUACAUUUCACAAGAAAUCACUUUUGAAGAUGUGAAACUAAGUGUUCAUAUCAUUCGAAAGCGAUUUUAUGCGUUCUUGAAGUACAUUUCGAAGCCUGGAGUCAAGUUCAACCCUUGCACGAAAAAGGUUGCAGUCGACAUGGUUAUAUUCUCCAAGGAGAAUAAGGAGACAUGGGAGGAACGUUGGUUUCGUGUCAACGGUUUUCUGUGUACGACACAUGCGUGA